AUGGCUGGCCAGUCGUUUGAGCGGAAUCUCAUCAACGAAAGCAGAGUGCACUUCGGGAACAAUUACUACGCCUACAAUGAGAGAAGCACUUCGGAAUUGUCCGGUGUUGCUGAGACCAAUGUAGCUCGACGUUGGUUGGAGCCAUCCCUUUCAAAAGAAGCAGAUGCAUACGGUUUGAACGAACUGUACUGCGUACCUCGUUGUUCCCGUCCUCAAUUCGUCGGAAGACAGCUACUGGCAGAUAGAGUCAAGAAAAACCUUAAUCCUGAUGCCGUGAAGGUGGAUAAUGGCAAGCACAUGAUUGUGGCCAUCUACGGAUUAGGAGGUUCUGGUAAAACUCAAUUCUGCCUAAGAUACGCGGAAGCGAAUCGAUCAAGUUACUGGGGCGUCUUCUGGAUCGAUACCAGCUCCCGUGAGAAUGCGGAAGCUGGCUUCGCGUUGUUGGGACAACAAGCAGGUAAAGGGUCUACCUUUUCAGCCGGCAAGUAUUGGUUAUCUCAAUCCACCAAGCCGUGGCUGUUAGUGCUUGACAAUGCCGACGAUCUCGACUUGGACAUUUCAGAGUUUAUUCCUGCCGGGGCACGUGGGCAUGUUCUCAUCACGACGCGCAAUCCGAACGUGACCAUCUAUGCUACAGCUGGUUCUUUCCGCCUUCAAGGCUUGGAUCCUGAGGAAGCUGUAACCCUCUUGCUCAGGUCGGCGUAUCCGAGCGAUCAAGCAAAUGAGACAUGUUCAACUAAACGCACCCUGGCCCAGAGCAUUGCCGCCGAACUAGGCUACCUGGCUAUAGCAUUGGAUCACGCAGGAGCCACAAUUCGUCGCAAGGUCUACACCCUUGAGAAAUAUCUACAUAUUUACCUUGGUUACCGCCAUCGCUUGCUCAGUUCCGCGAAGUCCAUUAGUGCUGAAGAGGCCGACGUCAUCACUACUUGGGAGAUACCCUUCAGAAGAAUUGAGAAACGGGAAUCUGUCGAUUAUAAGGACGCGGUUGUCUUGAUGCACAUAUUCGCCUUUCUGCAUUUCGGUUCCAUAUCCGAGCAUAUAUUUCAUGUUUCAUGUGCAGUGGGCGAGAGUGGUUCGUCUUCUGGAAUUUUACUGCCGGAUCUUCUUCGACUUGAUUCAAGUCGUUCUGAAGAAGCACAGACACGGCUUAGAAGGGCCAUCGGAGUUCUGUGUGACUACUCGAUUAUUGACUAUAAUGCGGAGCGCGAAGUAUGCUCACUGCACCCUGUCAUUCAUAGAUGGGCCAGGACUAGGUUGGCCGAUGGAAAGCAACUAGUCAGCUGGCUUGAUUGUGCCAUCAAGCUUCUGGCUCGAUGCAUCUCCUCGAAUCUCGAAGGGUCUGGACGAAGGUUUCGAAGGUUUCUUUUGCCUCAUAUUGAAUCUUGUCUGCAAAUGCUUGAAAUCCACACUCCAUCGUUCCCGCAAACGAGUGAGAGGGCGGACCAACUGGAGAGGUUUGCAUGGGUAUACGCAGAAAGUGGUCUCUGGAAGCCAGCGCUCGGAUUGCAGAGCAAAAUCAUCGAGUACAGAGUUCGAAAAUUGGGCAGAACGCAUGAAGAUUCUCUCAGGGCUCAGCGCAGCCUGUCUCACAUAUAUUGGAAUCUCUUCAAGGUGGAGGCGGCCCUCGAUGUCCAACGACAAAUUCUUUACGCACGAUGGUGGUCAAGGCCAUCUGUUGUGCACUGGGCGCCGCCGUGGACGCCGGAUCUCAUCAGCUAUUGUAUCGCGCUGGAUGACCUUACCCAAACACUAUGGCUAGCAGGGAGAAGAGAUCUCUCAAAAAGGACUGGCGAGCGCGCUGUGAACGGUUUGGUGAGAAGGAUCGGACCAGAUGAUCCUCGAACACUAAACGCAAUGUUCAACUUAGGUCGUACAUACCUCCAUGCUGGAGACCUGGGGAAGGCGCACAAGCUAUUAUUAUCGGUGCUACUGAAGAGAAAGAAAUUUUUUGGUCAGAACCAUCCAGACACGCUCAUGGCAAGAAACGAGCUCGGAAUGUGUUUUUGUGCGCGUAAAAAACGCCUUGGUGUCGCGGAACGACUUGUGGCCAACGUCCUUGAAGCACGCAAGCAAGUGCUUGGCGAAGAGCAUGCGUACACUCUGUGGUCGGUGAACGAUCUAUCAAAGGUUCUUUGCGAGCGCGGCCGGCCAUUACAAGCCGUAAACAUGCUGACAGAAUUGAUACCGGUGGUGGAACGCACACUUGGGAAGGAGCAUGUUGGAAUGAACAUGACCAAGGGCAAUCUUGCUCGAGCAUAUGUGCAGUGCGGGAGAUGCGAAGAUGCUGAAAAGUUCCUUGUCGAAAUGCUUUCUGUCAUCAAAGAUGACCAUCCUGACUGGAUUCAGACCAUGUCUGGGUACAUCCAUGUGCAGAUUUGCUCAGAUCGGCUGGAGGAAGCAGAGAAGAACUGCAGGAAGGUACUCCGCAAAAUUACGCAGGAACAUGGACUCUGCAAAGAUGACCCUCGAACGGCUGUCGUUGGGAAACAAAUGGCGAAUAUUUACGCCAACACUGGACGCUCUGACCAACUUUCUGUCCUCAAAGCCAUAUUCCCGGCAAUGGAAGGGAUGGAUCUGACACUGGUCCAGCACGACUGA